AUGAAAACUAUUUGCUUGCUUUUGUUGUUUGCCAUCUUGGCUGUUGUGGCUUUGGCUUCGCCUGUGCCCGCUGGCAAUGAUCCCAUUGUUCAGACCCUUCGCUAUAGAAACGAUCAGGAAUUGGAGGAUAUACAGCGUGCCAUAAUUGCUCAAUACAACCAACAAAUCGGAGGCACAACCCAAAUCCAUGCUCCCCAAAAAGCCAGCAUUGCUAAUCCCUACAACAUAAGAAUCAACAUUUAAA